GGAAGCAGAACAGCAAACUUGAGGAGAUAGCCAGACCCUGUACAUUUAACUAGCCUCUCACGGCACUUCAUUGAGGGCCGUGGGACGAACAAUGUCGCCACCCCACAAACCAUCAAGCUCGAAUGAAGGCUUCUUCCAAGCCGUUCCAGUCAUCCACAACCAGUUUUAUGAUGACGGAGUAUUUCAAAGUGUGCUAAAAUUCUUCCUCCCGAGGCCAAUUCUGGAUUCCGUGACAUCAGAUUUCUCAAGGUUUGGCGACGAUGUAUUAUCAAAAAGAGUUCUCGACUGGGUCACUGAUGCUGAAAAAAACGUACCGUAUCUGAAAGGGGGAGGUCGGGAUGCGUUCGGGAAAAGAACGAGCGAGUUGGUUGUAACCGAGGGUUGGAAGAGACUGCAGAAUUUCGGGAUACAAAAUGGAAUUGUUGCCACAGGUUAUGAAGCAAAGUAUGGGGAACACACAAGAGUUGUGCAAUUCCUGAAGCUUCACCUUUGGACUGGAUCAUGUGCCAACGUGGCAUGUCCAAGUGCAAUGACUGACGGCGCAGCGCGGCUGCUGAGUCUACAUUUGUCAUCCACAGAACUCAAUGAAUCAACUCGUGCCAUAUUCCAAGACGCAUAUGACAGGUUGACGUCUAGGAAUUCUGAGUAUGCAUGGACGAGUGGACAAUGGAUGACUGAGAGGAGCGGAGGUAGUGAUGUAUCUGGUACAGAAACAAUCGCAACCUAUUCGCCACAAUCGUGCUCAAAUCUCGGCCCUUGGAGGAUUGAUGGCUUCAAAUGGUUCUCGUCGGCGACCGAUUCUUCCAUGGCCAUACUUCUCGCGCAGACAUCCAGGGGCCUGAGCACAUUCCUUGCACCCAUGCGAAGACCUGAUCCUGGAAAUCAAGGGGGUGAGCUUAACGGCAUACUUAUCCAACGCCUAAAGAACAAGUUCGGCACGAAAAGCCUACCAACUGCAGAACUUGGGCUGUCCGGGAUGCGAGCAUAUCUGAUCGGCGAGGAGGGACACGGAAUUCAAGAAAUCAGUACUAUUCUUGACAUUACUCGCCUGUACUCCGCAGUCAGCGCUGUAGGAUAUCUAGGCCGUGGGCUAGCAAUUGCUAGAUCAUUCGCUCGAGUUCGCGAAGUUGGGGCAGGACGAGGGAAGAGGGUCAUGCUCAAAGACUCGCCACUGCACAUGAGCACUUUGGCAAGGAUCACUGGAGACUACAAAUCUAUGAUGUUGUUUACCUUCUUUGUUGCAAGUCUCAUGGGUGCCAACGAACACGGGACAGGCCCAGAAAAAGACUCGCUUCGACUUGUUCCACCAGACACUAACGACAUUCCACUUCUUAUUCGUGUCUUGACCCCUAUUCUCAAAGCAUCGGUGUGCAAACGGUCCAUUCAUGCUCUACAGGAGUGUAUGGAGGCACUAGGAGGUGUCGGGUAUCUAGACAACAUCGAGAACGAGGCCAUUAAUAUCGCCAGACUGUAUCGGGACUGCUGCGUGCUGAGUAUUUGGGAAGGUACCACCGAUGUUCUAGCGAGUGAUACGUUGAGGGUACUGAAGGGAAAGAAUGGGAAAGACAUCCUGGACGCUAUAGAUCGAUGGAUCACUAUAUCUCUGAGCCGCUGGGUUCUCGAGCAUCCCACGCAUCAAGCGGCACUUGCCGCUUUCUGGUCGCAGCUACGACAGACCAUAUCACAAAGUAGCCCAGAGGAAUUGCUUCCAAGAGCACGAGAUCUGACCUUUGAUAUUGCCAAUGUUGCCAUGGCAACACUGCUUCUGGUGGAGGCCGAGUCGGACAUAAAUUCCGCUUCACUGGAAGUCUGCACUAGAUUUCUGCUGGACAAAGCGAUAGUGAAAGAUGGAGAGUCCAGAGAUGAAAAGAUAUUGCCUCCCACUGAAUUGGAUAUCAAUCAGAGGAUUGUUUAUGGGGAUGAUAGCAAGUUCAAAAGAUCGAAAUUGUGAAAGAACAUCAUCGGAAGGAUUUGGAUCUCGCAACAAGCUUGUUACAAAUAAUUAGCUCUGUUGAGCUCUGGAACAUCGAAGAAAUUUCUGAAAAAUCACCACCCGUCCCAGUCUGCCUAUGUCAGUAAUGCCCACUCCAUGGGUUCUGCGUCGCCGGUGCAGCUGCACCAUUGAUGUCCGCCUUCACAAAAAUAUGCAGCAACUCCGAAGCCAAAAGAACAAUCGGCGUGUCCAGCAACGUCGAUGCAUCCUUUCCCAGAGCAGCUUUGAUGAAGUCCCCCAACGUCUUCGAGUCCAUCGUAAUAGCGGUUCCUUCUGGACCCCAUCGAUAUGGAUAACUCACCCAUGCAGGAAUGACAUACGCAUCAGGUGUACCCUCCAGCCAUUUCGCUGCAACGACUUGAUAUCUCUUGGAGCACUCAAGCUGUUUCCCCCCAUCUGCUGUGGAGUUCAGAAGGUUGAACUCCAGCCCUGCUGGAAUACCAAGGACCUUGCGAUGCUCAGUGAAGUUUGGACCAGCCGUGGGGAAGUUCGCAUGUCCAUUCAGGGACGAGUAAACCACGGGAUGCGUUCCAUCUACCAUCUUGAAAUCUUUCGCUACAGUCGCCUUAUCAUACAAGGUGUUCUUUCCAUGGGCCGAAAGAAUCACUCCAAUCAUCUCCUUGGUGGUAUUGUCGAUCCUCGUGGCUGCAUAUUCCCAGUCUCCAACAUGCUCGCCGAGUGGAGCCAGAUUGAUGUCUCCUUGGUUCUGCACCUUGUUGAAGACCAGGCUACUGAACUGAGCGGUUCCAUGGCCAUUAUAUGCGCUGAAGUACCAGAACUGGAUGUCAGUGUAUGACAUGCCUGGCGUCCAGAAUGCGUUGACGUAGGAUUUCGCUGUGUCGAAGUUGCCGGGCUUGACAGCAUCUUCGAUGUUGAAGUAGUAUCGUUUGUCUUCUUUGGGUGGCCCUGGAAGCUGCGUUUCGGUAGGAUGCAUGAUGGUCGAUGUUGGUGGCUUGCUGUCAACCAGAGUGCUGUGGGCGAGGAACCAUUCAAUGGAGCAGAGGUCGUAUUUCUCGUCUGGAUGUACUUGAAGAACUGGUCCAUAUUUUGCUAUGGCAGCCUCGAGCUCAGUCUUUGUCAAGGGUGAAGUAGCCAUCGUGGGAGGUGACGGUUCUGGAUUUGGCUUGGCCGGAUCAGGCUUCUUUGAUUUUGAGCCUUUUGAUAAUUUAGAACCCAUAUCAACAAGUCGCAAAACAUGUUAGUAGAAUAUAAUGGAACCAGCGAAGCCAUUUUAUAUAACCUCAUGGCCAGUCAUCACAGCCUCGCAAGGCAAGACUUUCACCAGAAUGUGAGGCAGGCGUGAUGUUCAGCUGAUGUGCCGACGGCUUCCACACGUUCCUGGCUCGCAUCGCCAUUCGCGGGCCGUUAUGCAGGACUGAGACAGGUACCACACACCCAGGUAUUUUGCCGGUUGGCUGCAUAUCGCAUGUCAUUGGCAAGACUAG